CUCAACGUUGAAGACAUUUUCUUAACAUGGCAAAGCCAAACGCGCAGUCUAUAUGUUCUACGUUUACGGUCAACAUGCGUAGUGCCAAGGACAGUAAUGGCCCCUUUGAGCCAUAUAUGCACCAAACCGAAUUUAAUCCCAAGAACUGGGAAAAAAAUAAAAUGUUAGCCGCUCUGCUUGCUAAAGAAAUAAAAACUCCUGAGAUUAUACCGGUCUCGAUAAACUCAAGCAUACUACACGCGACAGCCGGCGAUACAAACGACAUUUCUCCAAAAUAUUUCAGUCAUUCAACGAACAAAAUGAACACACCGAUCAAAUUCGAAUCGAUUGCGCAACAUUUUAUGAAAAUAAUUCUCGAUGAGAAAAAGGUUUCUACUCAAUUCAAUAUUGAAACGACAAGAAGCGAAACUGAAAACAAAGAGAAUCUGAGUUGGUUUAUCAUCAAUGAAACUAAAUUGUACAUUGCAGUAUGCUAUGCUGCAAGUACUACCGAAUCUGAUUCCGAAUCUGAUUCCGAAUCUGAUUCCGAAUCUGAUUCCGAAUCUGAUUCCGAAUCUGAUUCCGGCUCCGUUAAGGCAUAUUUCCUGGCGAAAGUCUUUUCUGAUAACUCUAUGUGCGACUUAUUUUUAUACGAAUUACAAAUGCAGCAAAAUGUUUUGCCAAAGAUCGAGACUUUGUUGCAAUCAAAAAUAAGCCUAGAAUUGUACCAUCAUUCAAAAGAAUUUCGAACCCUCUUUUUGAAAGAUCUGUUGAGACAAGGAUAUCAAGUGAAAUCUUUCGAAAAAGGUUUGAAUUUGAAUGACUGCACCGAAGCAAUAAAACUUAUGGCCAAAUUACACGCAGCCUCGGUGGCUUUACAUGAACAGGAUCCUGAAUUAGUAGAGUCAUGCAGAAUCGACAAAAUUGUGAUAUCAAAACAAUACGAACAUAUGAUGCAAAUGUUCCGCUAUGCUUUGAAAAAGGUAACUGCUGUUAUGAAUGACAUUUUUCCGCUAAUCGCAGCUAAAAUGAAAUGUGUAAUUCGUAACCUUCACGCUAUACAACAAAUCAUCGAGUUGUUCAGUUACGAACCCGAAGAAUUUUGUGUUCUGAAUAAUGGAGAAUUUUCCAUUCGUAACAUACUCUUUUCUGACAACAGCACUCGAACUCUGUUACUGAAACAUUAUCAAAUGGCCACCUAUUCAUCGCCUGCUAUUGACUUGCAUCACUUCUUAAACACUUCACCGGAAACUGCCGUGAUACAUGAUCAAGACGAGCAAAUGUUGCAACAAUAUUUGGAGACUUUGACGGACACAAUGAAGGCGCUCAACUGCACGACAACACCACCCACAAUGAAACAGUUGAAAGCGGCUAUGCGAAAGAGAAAGUUAUACGCCGUGUUUGCGGGUAUGACAUUUAGGUUAGUUAAGAUGACGGAAACAGGAAGAGAAAACACAGAAAAUAUCAAACACGAUGAAAAUCUGUACACAGAACUUGCGAAGAAAAUGUGUUUAGUUAUGUUUCACAAAGGAUACUUUGAUGAUAUAUAAGCAAUUAGAAUCACAAUUAUCGAAGACAAGUGAAAGAAAGAGUGAUGAAGUAUGAUAAUUGUUUUAUUUCCUGCACUGUGGCUGCACCAGUUCACAAUCUAUCUUUUUGUAUCCAUAUAAGAAGAAAAAAACAUAAACCGUAAACUAAAGCAGCCAGUGCAGAAAAACAAAACAAACCUAUAAAGAAAAAUAUUUUACUCUUUUUUAAGUUGAUUUUAAUUACACAAAAACGACACGUAAUCACAUAGCGAUAUUGACUUCUAUAUAUUUGUUUUACACUUUAUGUAAUUAAUUCAUAUGUGUAUUGUGUGCGUCUAAUUAUUAUUCCAUUUUCGAAUUCGCGAUAAAUAGAAAGACACAUUCCUAAGCGUAAUAAGCAAAUAUCAAGCACCUAAUAAGUAUGAAAAAAAAUUGAGAGAAGGGAACUAUUAUAGUUUAGUUUUCUACAACUAAAUAGUAAAUGCAACAUUUUUUAAGUAAGCGAGAACCGCAAUCACAUGAGAUAAAUUGCUAUGCCACAUCAAUUUAACUUAUUGCGAGUGGUUUUAUAACGGUUUAAAAAUAUAUUUUAUUACUGUAAUGUAAAGAUGAAAGAUUGACGACAAGUAACAAUAUAUAGACAGAUUUGUAUUUUGGCUUGUUAAUAUAUUUAUAGUUUCCGUAAUAAAGUUUUUUCCAUCUAACGUUCUUUUCUACGCCAAAUUAUAAGUAUUAACAGUUAUAAUAUGGUUCAUUACACUGAAGUGUAAAAAACAGUGAGAGAAAUCGGUAAAAAUAGAGAAAUCUUGACUCCCGAUACAGUAACAGAACAGAGAUCCGGAACUGAAAUUUUUCUUUAUGCUAUGAUACAAACUAAUGGUCCCACAUUAGUUUUUGCUAUAAUAAUAUGAAUAUAUUAAUAUGAUACUUAUAUGAAUAUCGCCGUAUUGCAUUCUUCUAAAUCUUUCCUUACUACCUAAUAAAAAUGUUGCUAUUUUCUGACUUACUCGAAUAAAAUGUACAUACGUUUUUAACAAUCUGUAAAAAAUCACAUUU